AUGUUUGAUUUGCAACAAGUUUUGCAAGCUCUGUUUAACACUUCUUAUCCAAUUGUCCCCAUCAUAUUAUCAUACAAAGAAUAUUUUACUACAUUACUAACACAAAUAUUAGAAAAAUGGGUUUAUUUAUACAAUGAACAAUCAUUUCUUACUGACUGUACAGAGCAACUACUAGUUAAUUCAGAUCUCAGUACAACUUCACAAAAAGCAUUAAAGGAGGCUGCCGAUAAUUUGACAAAAGCUGGACAUGCCUUGAUUUAUGUAGGAAAUAAGUUUUUAUCACUUUAUUCAAGUGUAAACUCGUAUCCCUUGACAUCAGAAGAUUUAUUAUUUUUGAACAUGUUUUGCCAAGUCGCUUCUAUUGGUUCAAAACUUAAAGAUAACGAAAUUGAUGCAGAUGGCGACCAAGAUUUUCAAACCGAAGUAUAUACAAAUACUUUAUUCUUAAACGUCGGAAAUACCAAGCCAAGCUGUAUUCCACAUAUAAUCUAUACAAUACCUCUAUCAUCUACAAUAACAUUAGUAUUGAUAAGUGAACAUUGUCACUACAAUAUCGCGCCUAGUUUGCAUGAGUCAUUCCUUUCCUUGAAUUUAUUAAAACUUUGUUUACAACAAAGAGAAAUGGAUCUUUUAAAACCAGCCUUUGAAAAUUUAGACGCUUCUAUGAAACAUAUCACUGAUGGUUUAAAAAAGUGCAAAAUCAAAAACGCGCAUAUUGACAAUAUGCAUAGAAAUCUUCACAAUAAGUGGGAAGUAGUGAAAAAAAAAUACUCGGAUUUUUUCAAAACUGAUAAUAAUGACUACUUAGUUAGCGUUGAUUCUUUGAUGGGCGUUUUGUGGGAAGCAUUGAGAUAUUUGUUUCAUGCUGCAUGUUUUUCGGAAGAAGUAUCCAAUAAAGAGGAAACUAGAGCUAUUGAUGUAGCACGCAAAGUCAAGAGCAGAUUAUCUUCAUUUUCAGAUUUUUUGCAAGUAAAAGCCAUGAAAAAUUUCACACUUGGAUCAAGAUCUUCUUUGUCUAUUAACAAAUAUCUGGAGGAAUUUCCAGGCAUGGUGCAUUUCAUUUACAUUGAUCGAACACAGAAUCGUAUGACCGCUCCCACAUUAGAUUUUACUUCACAAGAAACGUUAUCUCUUACUAAGGAAAAGGUCUGGUCAAUGGUUGAAUUUUCAAAUUCAUAUCUAAGUAGAGGGCAUGCUUCGCUGAUAUGGAAAGAUUCUGUAUUUUGUUAUGGACGAUUUUUAUGGUUCUCAGAACGUUCUGGUACUCCAAUAGCACCACCGAAUGGUGGAAGCUUGCCCAACAAGCAUGAAAUGCUAACAACCUUACCUGAGCCGGGGCUAUUAUGCGGCGAUUUUUAUCAGAAGCUGACAGCAAGUGCGUUUCCCAAAACAUCUCCUUCAAAGAUUCUAUGUUAUGAAUUAUACAGCAUUCAUCUCGGCUUGACCACUACAAGCUGCGUCCUAGAGCAUGCCAGAAGAUUAGCGGCCACUAUUUGGGAAGUUACUGGUGCACCUCUGAACCCUUUGGACUUAUUUUAAGCCCCAGCAAUUAAAUGUGAU